UAUUUCAGCCGUUUGCUCGACGUAAUCGCAAUCCAUUCGCAGAUAGAACGAACUUAAAACGAACGAAAAAAAAGCGAGACGAGUGCCGAUCUAGGAGAUUCGGUUCUUGUCUCGGGCAAGUUAGGUAACAGCGCGAAGCCGCGGAGCUGAUUCCAAGUCGAUGUUCAGUGUUGCCGCGGUGCUCCAACUAACACGAUCGCCGCUCUUCCUUUCGUGCGCGCCUCGUGUCGAUCGCAGCAUGUCAAAGGGCCGCGAUAAAACGACACGAUCAAUUUUCGUGAAUAUCUGUCAUGUGAUUACUAAAAAGUUACACUCUUAAUCGCCUUCACCAUGAGAACCACGUUCGCUUUACCAGAUGUAUUGGUAAUUAUCUGGUUCGCGUCGAUUGUUCGCGUUAAGUCAGCGAUAAUGCCUCCACCAUGGGCAGAUCCGUCAAGCAAUCCCUGCGCCGCUCAACCACGUGGCUGGCAAUUGUUAUUUUGGCCGCCGGAUGGAAAGUGUUACAAAAUAUUCCAGAUUGGUGCACCAUGCCCAGAAACAAUGGAACUAGGUCCAGCUGCAGGUAGAGGUGGAACUGUAGCUGAAUGCAGAUGUCCUCCAGGAACCGUGCAAUCUCCUAGAGACGCUCUUUGCCAUAAAAUAUAUACGAGAGCAUCCUGCUCGAAAGGACAAUUUUUUGCACCCGUUGCAAAGACUUCUGGCAAGUCUAGGUGGGGUGUCUGUCAUGAUCCAGAGCCAUGUACGGGGAAAGGAGAAGUCUACUGGCCUAGGGAUGGCAAAUGUUACCCCAAAUAUAGCAAAGGGCCAUGCCCAAAAGGUGAACUCCUUGCUAUAGACGAAGACGGAUUAACGGUAUGUUCCUGCUCUAGAAAUGGAGAACUUGGACGAUAUCACUGGGCGGGUAGUGUGGGUGGUUGCCACGAACAUUACACUAAAGGCCCAUGUACGGAACCUGGAGAAUUAUUUUUACCAGGUGGCGUAUGUGGCUGUCACUCUGAAUUACCUCAUUACCAUGAACCAACUGCGAUGUGUUAUCAAUUAGGCGGUAUCGGUCCAUGUCCGCAAGGGCAUCACUUUAUUGUAACAAACACGAUAACCAAUGAAGAAAUAGUUCAAGCCAAGUGUGUAUGCAAGCCAGGUCAUGUUCUCUAUGAAAAUGGAUUUUGCUACAGACUUUACACAAAAGGACCUUGUGAAAACGGCUAUAUGCUAAUAAAUUCGACCACUUGUAUUCCUGUGCCUUGUAAACGGGGUCGAUUGUAUUUUUCACAAGAAAAGACGUGUUACAAAAUAGGAACCAGAGGACCAUGUCCGAACGGACAAGUUGUUUUAUAUGAUUAUAAUAUACGACCAUCUGUUGAUGGAAUCAGUUACAAUGGAGUAUGUGGAUGUAUAAAUAUACUGACCGAUUCGAAAAAAUGUUCCGAAGAAAUUAACGAUAGCUGCGAAUCUACGCCCGGAAUGGUGGAAAUAAAUAAAACCUGUUACAAAUUAUAUACACAAGGUCCGUGUACUGCAGGAGAAUGGUUGGUUGCACGAAGAAUGCCAAAACAGAGCUUAUGGAAGAACGAAGGAUCAGAGCCAAGGGCAAGAUGCGAAUGUAGACCCGGAUACAAAAGAAUCACGGACGGUCCACAAAUUUCUGAGUUAGAAAGUAAUAAUCUCUUCUCCCUGGGUGGCUGUCAGCCACCCACAGUAAGUUUAGCUAAGUUUCUCAAUGGAAGAAUAAAGUCGAUAAACUUUUAAGCAAAGAGGUCAGACUGCGUAUAAUAGCAAUAAUAAUAUGGUAAUGAUAAAAUGAGCUAUUUGAUAUGCACUUUUUUUUAUUUUUUUUUUUUUUUUUAGAUUAUUAUGUGUAAAUAACGUUGUAUAAAGGCUGCGCGUGAAAUGUUCUCAACAAUCUCGUGUAAAUUCCUCGAAUUUCUAUUUAUUUAAUAUCCUAGAGCUAUGAAAUCUUUCGUUUAAUUCCAUAGUUUAAGUCUAUACCGUCUUAAAAUUUGUUAUGCAGAUAUACUCGUAUUAAUAUAAUUCUAGUACUUAUUCUUAGUAUUACUCUAUUAUAAAUGUAUGCGAAAAGACUUUUGUCAAAUCUAAUAAUUAAAUAUCACCUUUACUGCCAAUGUUUUGUAAAUAUAUACAAUUUAUGGUGUCUCUUUUAGAAUAUAGUAAUUAGAUUUCUGAAAGCUGAUAAGAUUUUCUAGAAUGUGUCAAAUUUUAUAAAUACAUACGAUACUCACUGA